UCCUCUUGGCCCUGCCUCCAGCUCCUGUGCUCCACCCAACUGCUGCCUUCUGCUUGCACAUUCCCUUCCUUGUCUCCUGUAUGCAGCAGCUGCUCCAGAGUCUCUCUCCUGGGUAUUGCUGGUCAGAGAAUAAGCAGAGUGGCCUGGCAGCUACACUGUGGGCACCAUGUCAGAACGCUUUGACUGCCACUAUUGCCGUGACCCACUGCACGGGAAGAAGUAUGUGCAAAAAGAAGGUCGCCACUGCUGCGUCAAGUGCUUUGAGAAGUUCUGUGCAAACACCUGUGCAGAGUGCCGAAAACCCAUUGGGGCUGAUUCCAAGGAGCUGCAUUUCAAGAACCGCUACUGGCAUGACACCUGCUUCCGCUGCUUCAAGUGCUACACUUCUCUGGUGAAUGAGCCCUUCAUGCUGAAGGAGAACAACAAGGUGUGGUGCAGCAACUGCACCACCCUGGAGGAGGCGCCUCGCUGCAAGGGAUGCCUGAAACCCAUUAUUGCAGGUGAUCAGAAUGUGGAGUACAAGAAGACUGUCUGGCACAAGGACUGCUUCACUUGCAGCCAAUGCAAGUCGGUGAUUGGCACUGCCAGCUUCUUCCCCAAGGGAGAUGAAAUCUACUGUGUCUCCUGCCAUGAGCAUAAGUUUGCCAAGACCUGUGUGAAGUGCAAGAAUGCCAUCACUUCUGGAGGAGUCUCCUAUGAGGAUCGGCCUUACCACGCAGAGUGUUUUGUGUGUGCCACUUGCACAAAGAAGCUGGGUGGCCAGCGGUUCACGGCUGUGGAUGACCUGUACUAUUGUGUUGAUUGUUACAAGAACUUUGUUGCCAAGAAGUGUGGUGGCUGCAAGAACCCCAUCACAGGCUUCGGGAAAGGCUCCAAUGUGGUCAGCUACGAAGGUCGAUCCUGGCAUGAUUAUUGUUUCAACUGCAAGAAAUGCUCCAUCCCAUUGGCUAACAAGCGUUUUGUCUUUCAAAACGAGCAAAUUUACUGCCCUGAUUGUGCCAAGAAGCUGUAAGGGAUGAUCACAGGGAUGCCACCUGGGGCCCUUGCUGCAGAGUGGAUUUUGAAACUUCAGAUACAAUGUGCUGCCUGGCUGUGGAUUUUGCAUUUUAGAGGCCCGCUCACACUUGCUUUCUUAGAAAAUGUAGGGUAACUCUUCUCUUUACCCCCUUUUGCCUCCUGCUGGUGGGGCUAAAUAAAGCCUCUGUUAUGACAUCUUAGCUGUAGAUAACUUUGCUUUCUUGCAUUUCUUAAGAUGCCACCUGAAGCUUAGAGUAGAGCCUUGCCUGUCUAAAUAUACUUACUGCUUGUCCUGCAUGAUUGCUGAGCAAAGGCAACCAGCGCUGAUAAAGAACUAACAGUGGAGUGUCCUGUAAACAGUGGGUGGAUUCACAUGGCUGCUUUUCAAGAGGACUUGCUGGUCUCCCUUUCAUGGAAGUUCCUUGGAAAUGAAUGAGAUCCUGCCUUUCCAGUAUUGCAGACCAGGGCCCUUUACUGUAAACCAAACUUUUAUUUUUAAAGUGGUGUUUGUCUUUCCUUUUUUUGUACGUUCCUGUUGAUUUGUCUAGAACCCUUUUGUGGUAACCACCAAACUGUAAAACACUGAUUUCCAGAGACAUAUAUGAUUGUAAUAUGUGCCUUGUUUCAAAAACAUUCCUGUUCUACCAAGUAGAGAUUGCUGUUUCUAGGGAACAGACUCUCCACUUUGUAUAAACAUCCUAUUCUUACAGCAACAAACCCCAGCAUCUCUAUCAUCAUCAUCUAGUUUUUACAGAGCCUUUCCAUGUAACUGUCUGCUCAAGGUAUUACAGUGAUGGAUCAUAGUUACUUCUGUCAUGUCAAAAGCUGUUGUCACUGCCAUCUCCUUUUCUUACUUAUAAUUUUGUGCUAGGUAGGAGGGUUUUGGGGGGCCCUUUCUGAGAUCCUCCCAGCCUGCACUGUGGUGGUCUUCCUGCUCUUUCUUCCUUGACCCCUUACUACCAUUGCCAUAAGAAGCAUUUUCCUGAGCUUGUAGUCACCCGUCAAGUAAUUGUCUGACUCAAUGAUGCAUUAAGGUACAGAGCUAAGGGGAAACAGGACAGCUCAAAGGCAGUUUCUAGCUGCCUGCACAUUCAGAAGUCUGGGAAGAUCAUAAAAUACUUACUGAGAUUCAUCACUAGCCCCAGGAAGGUUAUGUCUCACCCUGCUCCACAUUAACACUUUUUAAACCUUGGGGAAUUUUAGAGAAAGGCAAUGGAGCUGAAGAACUGCCCUUUAAACACUAUGGCGCAAUCAUCAUUGAGCAGAAGAGAAAAAAAAUACAAGAUCUGAGUUGUUAAUAAGGAAGCUUCACUUGCAUAAACAAAUUGCCUGGGCUGAGAGUUGGGUGGUAGUUAGUGCUUCCUGAUCAAAUCAGAGCAGGGACAUUGUAGUAGGGAUUUUUUGUGUGCCUACUGUCAUGAAUUUAAACCGCAAACUCUUAUAGGUAGCUGGCAAAGGUGAUCACAGUUCCUCCAAGCUCCUCUUUGUUGGCUAUGCCUUCAGCUGCACUCCCUGCAACCAGGUUGGCAAACACCCUCCCCCACGGAACUUGUUAGAUGAGAGGCAAAUAGGGCAAGCUAACUUCCUCAUGGGAUUAUGUCAAUCACUGGGAUAGCAGCUAGUCAUCUUUCAGGGGGCAAAAAUAAAAAAUGGCCAUUUGAAUCCACUCUGCAUGGAAACCAGGUUAAGUAUGAUGCUUCCAUUAACCAUGCCUUCAUAAUAAUCCAUAGCCAAAAGGGAUAUAAAACGUUUUCUUAAUUUACUAUUGAAAAAUACAGGAUAGCAAUUGUAUUAGUAGUACUCAGCUUCAUGUAAACAGUGCCUUCCUUCUAUGGUUGUCACUGCUGACAUUAGAAAAACCUUGCCAUAAACAUAUGUAGGAAGCUUAACUUUGCCAUGUCUUCCGCAAAGGCUUUUGUCAUUUUCUGUACAAGUUGUCUGCCUGGGUAGCCUGCUGCAAUGAGGAUACUAUGCUGGUGGUAUGCAGGAGGGUGGUGUGGUUGCAACUGUGCUAUCCCAUGGCAUUUCCUGAAAUAAACAAAUCACUGCUUGCUCAUU